AUGAUUCUGCGGGUAACUGCGAGCACUCAAUCACAAUUCAGUCGCAUUCUAUUCUUUCUCAGUUUUGCAAUGCUCGCGAUAACAAAGAGAUGUCACGUCUUUUCUUUCAGAUUUGCCAGAGUUGCAAUCAACUCUGUCCCUCGAGGCCUACAUCCUCCUGUACCUCCCGGGCCUCGAUUCUCCCAUGCGUUGGAAGCAGUGAAAUCGAAAAGUAAACCUAGGUCUUUGGUCGUUCAUGGCCCGUCCGACUUUUCCAUUUCUUCGAAAUCCAAAACGGACCGGCCAUUUAAACUUGUGAUUGUUGAAUCCCCAAGCAAAUGCAAGACAAUAUUCAACAUUCUGCAGGAUUACGUGAAGGCUGAAAACUUGGAUUAUGAUUUUGUAGUAACAAGUUGCAUGGGACAUAUACGGAACAUUCCGCAACAGAAACAAGUCAAGAACCAACUCGUUGCUGGAAUUGACAUUGAAAACGGAUAUAAACCCACUUACACAAUUCUUCCAGAGAAAGAGAAACUUGUGCUUGAUCUGACUGGUCUUACGCAACGAGCGCAACAAUUGAUAUUGGCAACAGAUGAUGAUAGAGAGGGAGAAGCUAUGGCAUGGCAUUUGAUACAAGUGUUGUUGGACGGAAACUUAGAAGGAGGUGCAAAUCAGCUUCCUCCUCUGCGUGUCCGAUUUACAGAGAUAACACAAAAGGCAAUCCUCAAGAGUAUACAGGCCCCAGAAACAUCUUUAAAUGGUAAUCUAGUCCACGCACAAGAAACAAGGAGAAUUCUUGAUCGUUUGGCUGGAUUCACAGUUUCUCCUGUGUUGUGGAGAAAGAUUGCACCUGGUUUGUCUGCUGGUCGAGUGCAGUCCGUUGGUAUGGCACUGAUUGUCCGGAGGGAGCGCGAACGUCUAUUAUUUCAAGAAAGCGAGUACUGGGAUUUGCAAGCUGAUUUUGCAAUUCUGAAUCAAAACUUUGAAGGUCAGCUCGUAGCUGUAGAUGGUCAACCAUUGGCCUCAAGCGGCAGUGAUUUUGAAGCUCGUCAAGCCAACACAUUGACAGCCUCCUCUAGCCAUAAACUACAUUUGCUCGAUGAUGAUGCAAAUCAAUUGGCACAUGUUUUGCGACAGGAUGAUUGGUCAUGGACGAUCAAUGAUAUCAAAGCAACAAAGCGAAAACUCAGUCCACCAAUACCCUUCAUCACAUCCACUUUGCAACAGGAAGCAAACACGAAGCUGGGAUUAUCCGUUAGUGGAACGAUGCAGACAGCUCAACAGCUAUACGAGAAUGGAUUCAUCAGUUACAUGAGAACAGAUUCAAAUCAUCUUUCCGAUGAUGCCAUCAACGCAAUCGAGACGGAAAUCACAGCCGAUUUUGGCCCGAGCUUCUUUGAUCCUUCAACAUAUAAAAACAAGAAGUCAAAGAAAAAGAAGAAAAAAUCUACGGAUAGUGAUAAACCUGACCCUCAGGCGGCUCAUGAAGCAAUCCGACCGGCAAUCCAGGCGACUGGUCGAUUUACCAAACCGUCGGAACUUCCUAAUAACCUUGAUGGUGCGGCAAAGGAGCUUUAUGAACUGAUUUACCAACGAACAGUUGCUUCACACAUGCCACCUCAAGUUUCAAAUCAGACUUCAAUCCGGAUUUUGGGAGAAGACGACGACAGAUCGGUUCUCUUUCGGAGCAGUAGUAGCAUAGUGAUCAAACCUGGGUUUUCUGCCCUAUACUCUCGAAGCAAAAGUACCGAGAGCGAACUCCCUGUACUCAGGGAAGGAGACAGUAUCGAUUGUAAAAAUACCACUGCGCUGAUGCAUAUGACACAACCACCGUCUCGAUACACGGAGGCGUCUUUUGUCCAAGAGCUAGAGGCGCUUGGCGUUGGCCGACCGAGUACUUAUGCUGGUACUGUCCAGAUUCUUCGAGAUAGGGCAUAUGUCGGUUCACCGAUCAAAAGCGGCUCAUCAAACUAUCGUGGUUCUUCGACACCCGUGGCCGGUGCUGCGAUCAGUGCCCAACGAGCCGCUGGAGGAGAAGAAUUUGUUGGAUCUCGUAGUGCACGAGCUCCGAUGGUACCGUCAUUGACAGCAUUUGUGGUCACGUCAUUAUUUGAGAAGCAUUGUAAUAUGUAUGUCGAUCCUUCAUUUACGGCCAGGAUGGAAGAUCGGCUGGACAAGAUUGCAAACUCGGAAGGAGAUGUCAGUGAAGAAGAAAGAAUAUCAUAUCUUGAUGAAUUCUUCCAGGGAUCAGAAGGUCUCGCAUCUAGAGUCAAACAAAUUGAUGAAAUGGUUGAUGCUGAUGAUGCUCGUCGCGCUUCUUUGCCGUCAUUGGAAAGCACCAUUUCAACUCAAGUAGAUAUUGGGCUUUUCGUAGGGCCUUGGGGUCCUUAUGUGAAGAAACUUGUAUCGGAAUCUGAAAAGGCUCCAACGGCAAACCUACCGCCUGGGAUGGCAUCUGACCUCUCAACAAUAACGCUUCAGAGUUUAACCAGUAUACUGGCAACUAAAGAGGAAAAUGGUUUGAUUCUCGGGCAACAUCCAUCGGACAAUCGUAACGUUAGACUACGUACAGGAAGGUUCGGAGCUUUCUUGCAAUGGGGCGAAGAUGGCGAUGAGAACACAACCACUCACACUCUCCCGGUGCACAUUCGAAACAUGAAAAAUAUUGAUGUCGAUCAUAGUGGAAGCUCUCUGAGUGACAUGUUGGGUCUCACUUUCGAUGAAGCCGUGCAAUAUGUCAAUCUACCACGAGAAGUGUGCACAAUGGAAGAGCUGCCAAUUAUUGCGGCAAUUGGACCGUAUGGACCCUACUUGAAGUAUAACAACACUUUCAUGACACUAAAUAAAAAAGACGGCGAUGUCCUCACAAUCGAUCCUGAAACGGCUCAGAACUUGGUGAAAGAAGGCAUUGUCAACCAGAAAACAAAACUAGGGGCUGGUGUACUUGUAGUGUUAGGAGAAAAAGCAGGAAGCAAAGUAACCGUCAAAUCAGGGCGAUUCGGUCCAUACAUCAACUGGAGGAAAGUCAAUGCAAGACUUCCCCCCGAAUACCUUGAAGAUCCGUCGGAACUUCCUUUUGACGAGGCUUGGCAGCUCAUCGAAGAGAAGGAAGCGAGUGAUCCCAAAAGGGGAAAUUCUCAAGGUAAAGACUCGGUCCUUUUACCACCAGCUCCGAAACGACCGCUUUCAGCAUAUUUGCACUUUUGCGCUGCGAAACGCCCGGAAGUCUCUGCCACAAUGACAUCCCUCGGAGAGACUUCAAAAGAGCUCGCUCGACUUUGGGGUGAGGCUUCCGAGGGGGAUAGGGAGCCGUACAAUAAACUGGCAGGAGCAGAAAAGGCAGUUUAUGACGAAGAGAAACAGAAAUGGACAGCAGAAUGUCAGAAAAUCCUAGGAGACGGGGCCUCCAAGUCUACACGCACAAAGGGAGGUAAUGUCAAAGGUGGAAAACCAAGUGGACCUAAACGGGCUUUGUCGGCCUACAUUUAUUUUUGUAAGGAUAAGCGACCAGAUGUUGCCAAAGAGUUCAAGUCCCUUGGAGAUGUUUCGAAAGAGCUUGCUCGGCUGUGGUCCUUGGCAAGUGAAAACGAAAAGAAGCCAUACGAAAAGACGGCAGCCAAAGACAAGGAACGUUACGAGAAAGAGAAACUAGAAUCAGGUAGUUCCAAAACAGUCAAAAAGAUUGCAAGGAAGAAGAGUCAAUCAAAGUCCAAGAAAACAGCGGGGAAAGUGAAGAAACGUAGGCCUACUGCAUAUAUCCUCUUCUGUUCAGAACACAGAGCUGGAAUCGUUGAUGAAGAUGGAAACAAACUUCCACUUGGAGAAACCACUAAGCGCCUGGCAAAAAUGUGGAAAGAAUGCGAUGAUGUCGUUCGGGACAGAUUCGUGAAGGAGGCCGAGAAACAAAAAGUGGCACUAUAA